AUGAUAUCUCCGAUUCGAGAUCAUACUUAUUUUAAUCCACCGGAAUCACAUCGAUUUCAUGAUGAAGACAUUAAUGAUUUUGUUAAUUGUCUUAAAGAAUGUGCAUUCAGAUCUAUAUUCAACAAAAAUCAUCUUGAUUUAGCCACCGAAAUUGAAGAAAAAGCGUGUUUAUCGAUAGGUGCAUUUGAAGAUUUUAUGAGUGCAUGUCUUAAUCGAAUAUUUCAAAUGAUCGAUACAUUAUCAACUGAUAUUUCCGAUACAUUAGCAAUAACAAUCGAUUCAAAAGUGGAAGAUAUUCAAAUCGAACUAGAAUUAACAUUAAUCAUUUCAUGUAUUGUUCAACAAUGUAGUAGACGAAUUUUUCACAUAGGUUUUUAAGUAAUUACUAAGCAUUAGAAUUUAGUUUCUUUGUUCAAUGGAAUAAAAUUCAUUUUAGAUGGUUCGAAGAAAAAUAACAAAUAUUCUCGCUACCCACUCUUAUUCAUCGAAAAGAAAUAAACUUCGGAUGAAUCUGAUUCAAGUAAUAUUUAACAAUAAUCCAAUUGAGACAUGAAAAUCUCUUUUACCACAAACAGAUGAACGUAUUGAUAAAAUUCUUCAUCAAUCAGAUAUGAUGAUAAAGGUAAUACCUGAAUUAACAUGAUGGUUGACACUUCCUUCGGAGCUCGUUUGUGCUCGUAGCGACACUUUAAUUAUGUAUAUAUAAAUAAAAUGUUGAAUAUGAUAAAACGAAUGCCCAAUUUCAUAUUCCUAAUGAGGAUGAAGUUGAUUCUGCUUGUGAGUUUGUUGAUAAAUUUAUGUAUCUCGAAUGAAAUAUGUCCAACGAUGAACUAUCACUGAGACUUAUUCAUCCUAUAGCUUUUGGUUGUUUACGUAUGGCUUCAAGGAUUGAAUGUGAAGAAGUUCAAAAUCUGUGAGUGAAAAUCGAAUGGUAUUCAAAUGAAGUAUAGAUAAUUGAUUGAUUUCUUAGUGUUUUAUCUAUCGUUCAAUAAUGUUUAUAUGCUAAACAACCAAGUAAUGAAAAUAAGAAUAUAUGAAGAUUCAGUAUUCCGAAAAUAUUUUGAGUACAUCUAAUUCAUGAAAACAGAACGACAGCUUAAGCGCUGGUCGUACAAAAAGACUGCAUACGAUAAAACUUCUCCCAACUGUCGAUCUUUUACAAGCAACAAACGAGAAUUAAAAUCAGUUGAUAAGAUUCAAUCUUUUAAGCAGUUUCCGAGAAUGAACUCAGAACUGGUAUGUCUAUUGUCGUUUUAGAGUGAGUGAAUUUUUUCAGCCAAUAUACCGGCAACAGUUCCAUCUUUCAGAUUUCGAUUCAAACAUUGGACAUGUACGAAAAAUUUUCUUCAUAAAUUCAUUUUUCAGUUCUUUCAAACAUUUCUACAUCUCUCUCGAACAAGAAUACACAUACGAUUUGUGAGGCUGAAUUCAUGAGCAUCUUAAAAUUCCGACUCCGACCCACUGUUUUCAAAAGAUCGAGAAUUCAAAGAUUAUUUUGUACGAAGAUUUUAUACACAAGGGUUACGUUAGUUCCUUUUUAUGUCGAAAGAUAAAAGGUAAUUUUUUUCAGAAUAGAAUGAGUCAUACACAAGAUUCUAAAAACAUAAUUGUAAACCCAUAGAGAAAGUCUUUAGUAUGAUGAUUGAUAACUGAUUCGCUAUUGAUUCGUUUCAAUGUUUUCUAUUGACAAAUGUUUGUCAUACUUUUGCUUCUCAAUUACACUUCAACUAAAGCUCAUAUAUUAGAUAACGAUGUUGCAAUAUUGAAUUCUGAUAUUUGUUUUAUAUGUUGACUAAAAAUUACGAAUAUGAACUCGUUCUAGAAUUUAAAGAGAAUCUUGAAGUGCCUCUUCUUAUUGAUAUUUAUAAGUUAAUUGGUAAGGUUUUCAUUAGUACAACAGACAACACCAUAAUGAUGUUUUUUUUUCUCUCUAGAUCAUCUUAUUGCGUAUUAUUCUGAUGAUGCAUCAUCUAACUUUUUCUUUUUUGUAUGAGAAUUGCAUUGAUAUUCGGGAUGUUGUAGCUGUCCUUUUUUGUUUGAUUGUCGUAUUAGGUCGGAAUUGUUUUCUUUGAUGUGUUUUUGAUAUAUUGUAAUCGAGUAAUGUAUGUGCGGGGUAUUUAUAUAUGCGAAUUUUUUAUCUAGUAUCAUGUACACAUAUCUGUCGUUACUGAAAUGAAAUUUUCAAUUAUUUUUUAUGUUGUAAUGUUUGGUGGCGUUGGUUUAUCAGUUGGAUAUCCUCGUUCUGAUGUAACGGGUGGGCCAUAAUGAAUGACCCUCUCAGUAUUUUGCAUAUUUCUCACCUAUAAUUCAGCUAAGAAAAAAAUUUUUUUUUAUAGAAAGAUUCCUUGUCAAAUUCUCUACAAAACGUA